AUGGAAAAAUCAUUUAGAGAAAAGCUUAUAGCAGCUUAGCAAGGAGAAAUAUGCAACAUUAAGAAAUUUUACACUAAUAUAUUACAAUAUAUACCUCAUGGAAUAGCUAUAAUUGAUGAAUAGAUGCAGGUAUUGUUUGCUAACUCAAAUUUGCAUUCUAUUUUGAAUUGCUCUAAAAAUGAAGAUUUGUUCAAUGCUCUUAAUAAGUUAAACCUUGGUGAAGUAUAAAGCUUGAAUGGGUUUUUCUAGCCUAAACAGCAGCAAUAAAAUUAGUCAAAGUUAACAACAUAAAUAAAUAUUAAUUAGAUUUAAGAGAAGGUAGUUUCACCUUCAAAUGAGUAAAAAAAUGAAGGAGAUAACUUAAAAUAAAAGAAAAAUAGAAUUAAUUAAUAAAAAAACUAACCUAAAAACAAAGAUGUUACUUUAAACGAAAUUUCCUUGAAUAAUACUAUGCAUCAAAUUAAUAUUAAUAACAAUCUUAUUGAAGAAUCGAUUGAAAUUGAUAUUAAAAAUACAAGUAUACAUUAAACUUUUAAUUGUGUUGAAGUUUUAAGAGGUGAUCAGUCUAUUUCAUAUGAAUUAGAGCCAAAGGGUCAUAAUAAAAUAGUUAGUUAGAGAUUUUAGAGCAUGGUUAAAAUAGCAGAACAAUAUUAAUCUCCAUCACCUUUUUCACCAAACACAAAUCAAAAAUACUCAAUCUUUAAGAGUAUCCUUGAAAAAAUAUUCACUAGUUCAACAAAGUAAAGUUGCUCUUCUCAAAGAGAUAAUUAAAUUAAUCUAGAUAAUUUUUCAAAAAGCUUGCUGUACUAGCAACCAAUUAGCUAAUUGUAACCAUCUUAAUAAUAGUAAAAUUAAAAUAUAAACUAAUUAUAAAAUAAGGGAUAAAAUAAUUAAGACAAUAUAAAAAAAGAAGAACCAAAAAAAGUUACAAAUAAUAGCAACAAUAAUUAAAGUACAAAUAUUUAACAAUCACCAAAUAAUAUAAAUUCAAGGAAGCAAUCAUCUGCCUCUUUUGAUAAAACUCCUAAGCAACAAUAGAUGAACACUUAAAGUUUUGAAUAAGCCAAUUUAUACUAAGAAGAGGCAUGUUAAAUAGAGGCGAAUAGCUCUGAUGGUAAAAAGCUUAAUAUUAAGCUUGUCUUGUAUGACUUAGAUUUAGAAAAGGAAGUAGAGGAUGCAUUUAAUUCUUUUAAUUAAAUUUCACCACUUCAAGAUAGUUAUGAAAGGGAAAUGCAAAUUAGAUAAAAGAGGACUUCUCAACAGUCAGUAAGUGCAGCAUAAAAGAAAUAAAUCACCAAUAACAAGUCUCUAAAAAUAAUGAAGAAGACGAACAGCGAUGAGCUAAAUUAAAAGAAUUCUCAAAAUAUCUCAUAAAAAAAAUAAAUUCUGUAAGCUAAUUAAAAUUGGAAGAUUCAAGUUCAUGAAUAGUUAAUAGUAAUGAUAAUUGAAGAUCAAUCAUAGGCAUAAAAAGUAAAGAGAUUAGAAGACUAAAACGAAUAUAAAAUGAGAAUGCUUGCAAGCGUCUCUCAUGAGCUUAGAACGCCAUUAAACUGUUCGAUUUCAAUGCUUUAAAUUAUGAGAGAGGAACUUUUAAGAAUGGAGUAAAAGGAUAUGAUUAGAGAUAAUUUAGAUCCUGCGCUUUACUCAAGUAAAAUUUUAUUAAAUUUAAUUAAUGAUAUUCUCGAUUUCGCAUAGCUCGAGGCAGGAAAAUUUAAAAUUACAAGGCAAUAUUUCAGCUUAAAAAAAAUAUUGUAAGAGUGCCUCAUUUUGAUAUCUAUUUAGUCUAGAAUGAAGGGAAUCAAGCUUUGCUUAUAAAUUGGGUCAGGCACAUAUGAAGAAUAUAACAGUAAUGAACAAAUUGAAAGUGCAUUCGACCCAAUAAAUCCCCUCAACUAACAAGAUGACAAAUACAUAAUAAAUAGUGAUCCAAAUAGAGUUCGCUAGAUAGUCCUCAAUUUACUCAGUAAUGCUUUAAAAUUCACUAAUUAAGGACAAAUAACUCUCAAAGCAGAAAUUACUUCCUAAAAACCACUUGCAAUAAAAAUAACUUGUGAAGAUACUGGAAUUGGUAUUCCUCCUGACAGAUACUCAACUAUUUUCGAUAAUUUCAAUAAAGCAGAUCUUUAAAAUAGAAUUAAAUACAAUUAAUGCGGUGCAGGAUUAGGUUUAUCAAUAAGCAAUUAAUUAGCUAAAAUGUUGUGUCCAGCUGAAUUAUAGCACUAGCCUAUAGUGGUUGUGUCUGAAGUAGGAAAAGGAUCGUCUUUUUCCUUCAUAAUUCAAGACUACCUAAUAGAUGAUAUUCAAUAAAUAAAAAGUCAAUCAGAUAAGAAGGCUGAAGAACUCCAAAUAAUAAUUGAAGAAUCUAAGAAAGAUAACGAUUUAGAGCAUUCACCUAAACAAAAUAAGGAAAGCAGCAGAAAUUCUUUAGAAAAUAAUUCAUUUCACAGUUAUUAAAACUAAAAAUAGAAAUUACCUAAAAAAAUAAGCCAAUUUGGUAAGAAUAUUGGAUAGAAUAUAACUUUUGAGGAUAUAGUCGAUGAAACUGACAAUAAAUUUUCAAAUUAAACAACAUUUGUAAAUUCUAAUCCUUUAUAAAUAGAAAAUGGUACUACAAAUUCAGAUAUUUUGUAUCUAAUGUAAAAACAAGAAAAUCUGAAAAAGAGAAAAGAAGAAAUGAGCUAAAUAGCUGAAAAUUCACAAUUAAAUGACAUGCUUACCUAAAAAUAGUUCUACUCUGAUCAUAACAUUCACCAAUUAAGUAAUAGAAAAUCAUCUUGUAUGUCAAUCAAUAACAAACACAAUGAGGCUUUUGAUAUACUUAGUCCUACUAUCAUUGUAAGAAAUAAACCAAAUAAUAUGAAUGUUAAUAGAAAUGAGCUUAUAGAUAAAAAGAGAUUAGAAGAAUUAGAAAUCGAGUUUAGUAUUUAAAGAUAGAAUUCCCCAUAAAAAAUGUCUUCUCAUUAAUUUAGUCAUUAAUUUAGUCACUAAUUUAGUCACUAACUCAGUUAAGGACAUUCGUUAUUAAAAGAUCAAACUUAAAUUGGAUAUGCUUCCAUGCAAAAUGCUUUCGACUCUCAUUAAAAUUAUAUGUAUUCUUAUUCUCUAAAUUCACAGCUGACAUAAUAAUAGUAAAUAGCCUCAAGUUGUUUACUCAACUAAAAUGAAGGAAGAGACCCCUUAAAAUCAGUAACUAGCAAAUCACUCUAGUUAAGACACUUGAAAUCUCACUUCAAAUCUUUAGAAGAAUUUAAGUCUUAUCAUAAAAGAAGAAAAUGUAAACAUGCUUAGGUUCUGGUUGUUGAUGAUAAUCAAUUUAAUGUUAUAGCAAUUUAGCAGUAAAUUAAUAAAUUGGAUUUAAAAAUCGAUAUGGCUUUUAGUGGCUAGUCUGCUUUGCAAAAAAUAUAAGAAAGAAUCAAAAACAAAUUUCCAUGCUGCCCCUUUUACUUAAUGAUAUUUAUGGAUAUUGAUAUGCCAGUUAUGAAUGGAUACGAAACUACUCAAUUAAUCACUUAAAUAUUCAAAGAAAACUUAAUAUCCUCUAUUGAAUGUCCAAUUAUAGCUUGUUCAGCCUAUGUGAAUCCAGAGGAUAAGCAAAAGGCAUUUGAGAGCGGAAUGCUUGAUUACGUAACAAAACCAAUCAUGCUUGGCACUUUAGAUAAGGUUUUUACAAAUUGGUUUGUUUAAUCAAACAAUGGAGAUUAGGACUGA